AUGAAUGCCCCUGACCGUUAUGAGCGCUUUGUCGUGCCGGAGGGCACCAAGAAAGUGUCCUAUGAGAGGGAUACAAAGAUUGUGAAUGCUGCAUCAUUCACUGUCGAACGUGAGGAUCACACCGUAGGCAAUAUCCUCCGCAUGCAGCUGCACAGAGACCCAAAUGUUCUCUUUGCCGGGUAUAAGCUCCCUCACCCACUUCAGUACAAGAUCAUUGUUAGGAUCCACACAACGAGCCAGUCCUCCCCGACGCAGGCCUACACCCAGGCUAUCAAUGAUCUAGACAAAGAGCUUGAGUACCUUAAGCAAGCUUUUGAGGAUGAGAAGAACAGGUACGAGGAAAGGAUGAAGCAGGGGUUCUAA